UCAAAAUACAACAAGACGAAGAUGAUGAAGGAGGAAGAGAUGCACCAGUCACGUCGUGUGAAAUAAACAACAAGCUCGAGGGUGGUAGAAAUGUAAUCGUCACUAUCCGUGCGUAAUUACGCACCAUUUUAAAGCCCUUCGAGAGAGCGCGAGCCAAUGCGCAUCGGCGUGCGCAUCUUUGAAUCUUCCCAACUACGCUGUGGACAAUCGCUCUGACACCCCUCCCUCCCUCUAUCCAACCUCCUCUGCAAUCCGACGAGGCUUCUCCGCCGCCGAUGGCCGCACAUCGGCAUCCCUGAGAGCCGCCGGCCGCUUCCACACCAUUCAUCGCCUCCCUUUUCCACAGAAGGGAACCACCCAUCGGCUGCCCCCCCAUUCCUGCAACCAUAAAUCAAGGAAUCUGCUGCCAUGCUGCGCGCGUCUCUUUACCUCCACCAUCACCAUCAUUAUUAUUAUCAUUAGUCAAGCUUGUGAUUGACACAAGAUUAUCCAUUUCCCUCACCCUCCCUUUGCAUUUUUGGGGGCCGAGCGAGACCACGACGGGAUGCGUCCUGGUGCAGUGAUGUUGCUCCUGGUGCUUCUGGGCAACUUGAUGUCGCCCUUCGUCACGGCUCAAAACGCUGGGUUCAAGAAGUCGCCGAUGUCUGAGACCAAGCUUACGGGGGACACCUUCGAGCUCUACUGCGACGUGCUUGGUAACCCCACCCCAGAAAUCCAAUGGUGGUAUUCCGAAAUCAACAGAGCAGACUCCUUCAAGCAGCUGUGGGACGGAGCCCGCAAGCGUCGAGUUUCAAUUAACACGGCCUAUGGUACCAAUGGUGUUAGUGUGUUAGGUAUCACACGCCUCACACUAGAAGACUCUGGAACUUACGAGUGCCGGGCAAGCAAUGACCCCAAGCGAAAUGACCUGCGACAAAACCCUGCUAUCACCUGGAUUAGAGCCCAGGCCACCAUUUCUGUGCUACAGAAACCGAAGAUCAAUGCAUCUGAUCAGAUCAUCUUGCCGGUGGACUCCCCUGGUGUACCUGUUAGUCUACAUUGCAACCUCACUACUGCCCACACCCCACACACAGAGAGUUUUUGGGUGAAGAAUGGACGAGAAAUUGCUAAUACACGGACUGAGCAGCGGAGCACAGCAUACAGAAUUGUUAAACCACGGGCUGAUGACUCUGGGGAAUACAUGUGUGUAUACACAUUUGAAAUGGCUCCAAAUGCAAAUGCUACGAUUGAAGUAAAAGCAAAACCCGUUAUCACCGGCCACAAACGAAGUGAAAAUAAAAAUGAAGGGGAAAAUGCAACGAUGUACUGCAAGUCGGUUGGGUAUCCACAUCCCACCUGGACAUGGCGUAAAUUGGAAGGGACUUCAUCUAUAGACAUCGACAACUCUACUGGACGCUUCUUCAUCACAAAUCGAGACAACUACACCGAGUUGAAUGUCAUAAACCUGGAUUUAAACACAGAUCCUGGGAAGUAUGAGUGUAAUGCGACCAAUGCUAUUGGGACAACUGCUGAAAUUACCAUCCUCCGGGUACGAAGCCAUCUCGCGCCACUUUGGCCAUUCCUGGGCGUGCUUGCGGAAAUUAUCAUCCUCGUAGUCAUCAUUGUUGUGUACGAGAAACGCAAGAGGCCAGAUGACAUCAUUGAUGAUGAUGAGCCAGUUGCACCAAUGAAAACCAAUUCUACAAACAACCACAAAGACAAAAACGUUCGCCAAAGGAACACAAAAUAAGCAACCGACUCAAAUGAGAUGGGAAAACGCUACGUGGCGGCAUCUGAGUUGCGGCCAGUCUUAAGGGAGGAAAAAUUAAAUAAAAUAUCUUGUCUCUUUUUACAAGAAACAAUAUCAGCAUAACACUGGCAACAAAGAGAAAGUGGAGUGGAAAGUCUUAAAGCAUGCCUUGUCGCGUGGAGAUGUCAAGAUGACAAACAGUGACUAUAAAUCACCACAGAGGUGUACACAUUUUUUUCCUGAUGUGAUGUUGAUGUCUUCAUAUUUGAUUUGAAUCCUGGCCCUCAGAUGAGGCAACCUUCCCUUUUGUAUGACAUAUCAUGUAAAUGCAUGCAAAGUUACGCAAUAGGAUACUCAGAAUAGACAUCUUCUGUUGUUAUACCUCAUGUGGCUUUUGUUUUGCAUCCCAAAAGGUUUUUUUAUUGUCAUGCUAAAAUAUAUAUAUUUAUAUAUAUAUAUAUACACACAUAUAUAUAUAUCUAUAUAUAUAGUCUUCUUCCUCUUGAACAUUUGUACAGCAUAUCAUGGUCAUUUAAUGUUUGAUUUUGUGACGAUGAGUCCACUUUUAAUAGGUCUUUUAUCGUGAAGCAAGGGCUUCAGUGACUGGCAGUAUUUAAAUUUAAUGGAGAGUGAAUACAGAAAUUUGUGUGUUAAACUUAACUAAAUAUCAAUGGUAUGUGUAUUAUUUUAAUUUCCUUUUGAGAGUAAUUUAGAGCGUCUUGUAUACGUUGCAGUAUGAGUGUUAAAAUGAUAGGAAAUCUGUAAAAAAAAAUAUUUUUUUUAACAUUUCCUAAUUUAAUGAAUAUUUUUAUUUUGUAUUUUUCUUUGACUAUAUAGCAUGGCUAUAAUCCUAUGCAAAAUGUAUUCUUGAAUAGAUUAAAUGGAGGGCAGUUUGUUUUAAUCUGUCAAGCUUUAAUAUCGUGGGAUCCCUUGGAAGCUGGCAUAGUGACAUUAACUGCUGUAGCUGCAUGACUCCUCCUUUCAAUACAAUGUACUGAUGAUGUGUGUUGCGAUGGGAAACGGACCUGCUUUGUUGUGUGAACAGAGGGACCAGAGUAUAUAGCCACGAUCAAACAUAAGACCAAUAUUUUUUUUCUAAAUAAAAAA